AUGCUGAGAUAUGCCACAACGGUGAAGUCUGUGUGGCGAAGGCUGUUGAAUACUUGUGCCCAGGUUGGAGAUCCAUCUGCUUAUGUCACCCCCGAUGUGGUAAUUGAUCUUCAGGACGUUUCAUUUUGCUCAUUAUCAAGUAGUAGAGUUCUUUGUACUGGAGCUAAACCCUCGACCACAUUGGGACCUGAAAUUCUCAUGCGUUUGAUUCCCAGGGAUUGUGGAUGGAAAGCAUGGGGGGAGAUAUCCUAUGGGGGAUACAAGUGUGUGGAACGUGCUAAAGCUGCUGAGCAUCUGGUGAGGACGCUCUAUAAGAACCAAUGA